CAUGCAGGUGCGACAUGCAUGUAACGUGCGCACGAGCGAUGCUUACACUGUGCAGAUAUACAGUACAUGUACAUAAUGUACAUGUGCACGGCCGGAUGGAAACAGAUCGACGGACUUUUCGACUUGCUUGUACAUGUACUUGUCGGCACUUGAGCUAGCUGGACGAGAGUGCUGUGACCCAUUGGUUCAUUACAUUUCCCUACUCGGAUGAUUUGGGGAUAUUUAGCCUUGAGUGAAAAUGUUCUCUGCAAUAAAAAGUGUUGUUGCUUCACUGGAGUCACCAAGUUACACAGUUGAACCUCAAGACCCUCAAAAGCCACUACCUUAUGAAGUAAGGAACUAUGCGAAAUCAACGUGGGUGACCACAUCAGAGUCCACGAUCGAAGGCCCAUCAACAGAGAGAUCCAACAAGAACAGAAGAGACAUGUUCUUCAAGCUCUUUGAUUACAUCUCAGGCAAGAACGAAAAAAAUGAAAAAAUUGAAAUGACGGUACCUGUGUUAAGGAAAAUAACCCCUGGAGCAGGCCCCUUUUGUAAAACAACAAAAGAUAUGUCAUUCUAUGUCACUGAGGAGUUUCAGGGUGACCCACCUGCUCCCUCAAAUGAAGAUGUUUAUGUGACACAUCUCCCAGCUCAGCGUGUGGUAGUCAAAACCUUCAGUGGUUACACCACGGAGGCCAAAGACCUAGAGGAAGCUACCCAGCUGGCUGAACUCACCAAGGACAAAUACGACCUGGAGCAGAACUACUUCUUUGCAGCUGGGUACAACAGUCCUUGGCGGUUUGUUGGGCGUCGCAAUGAGGUCUGGUUUGUAGUGAAGGGGGAGAGGCAGAAUGGAGAUGCUGUCGACAGGUGCACUCUGGAGAAAGGGGCAGCUGGUGAGGAGGGCACAGCCGUUGAUAAACCUGCAGAGACAGCCGCUGAAUAGACUCAUCCGAGGACAAGCCCUGACUGCAGUGGCAUUGCUGGCAUCGGACACUUACACUUGACGUGCCAAGGACAGAUCCGAAACUUUACAGAUUACCUAUUCACCAACAAGGACCUAUUUUUCUUCGUAUUGGAAAACAAAGAAUACAAAGGCUUAAUCUAGGAUCUAAAAUUUAUCGCGUUAUAGACAUUCAUCUCUGACAGUAUGGAACAGACAAACAAGACGGAAGAACCAUCUUGUUAUUCUAAACACUGUAAAUGUAUUUAUAAUUUGCGUAUUCAACUGAAGUAGGGGUAUCUCCAAUGACUGAUUCCACCUGUGUAUCCGUUACAAAGAAGGGCAACAUUUUGCAGAAUUAAAACUAAUUACAUGGUUUGGGCUAUACAGAUGUAAUAAUUUCUGGAUCUCACCUUGCAACUCAUUCUUGGAAAUUAAAGGUUUAGAAUUACAUAUAUUGUGCUAUUGUGUUGGAACUUGGGCUGGAAAUGGGUAGACAUUUUCUAAAAGAAAAUAAUGUUACAAAUAAUAUCAAUGUUUUCGAAAGAAUGAACUGCCCAGUUUCAGUUUAAUUUUUGUUUCCGUCACUAGACUUAUUUCCAGUCACUGACCAAUAUGAACUCAUAAUUUUCACAAGAACUUACCACAUAAACACGAAUGCCAAAAGAUAAGAGAACCUUUUCGUUGCUUUGAUUUUUGAAGCUAAUAAAAUUCUUCAAAAUAAAUUAA